UAUAUAUAUCCACUGCAACUCUCUCCCACCAAAUGGAGUCCAUGACGACCAGACUCUUCCUCUUCGCAGGGACUCUUCUACUGCUUCUACUCUCACGCGCCACGCACGUGUCAUCCGCCACCUUAUGUCCGCCGUGCGGCAACACGACGGUGCCGUUUCCCCUGAGCACAACCCCAACAUGCGGCGACCCGUCGUACAAAAUCCGAUGCAGCAGCUCCAACACCCUCGUCUUCGACACGCUCAACAACUCCUACCCGAUCGAGUCCAUCGACCCGAACGCCCAGCGCUUCGUGAUCCGACCCGCUCCGCUGUUAACGAACACGUGCGUGUCCACCGAUAAAGUGCACCAGGGGAUCCAGCUCAACACCACCCUCCCCUUCAACAUCACAAGCUCCAACACCAUCAUGUAUCUCAACUGCACCACCACGCUCCUCCAGUCCCCGCUCAACUGCUCCGCCGCCAGCGCCUGCCAUUCCUACAUCAAGGCCACCGCCUCCGCCGCCGCAUGCCAGGGAGCUGGGCCACUCUGCUGCACCUAUCGCACCGGCGGCUCCAGCAACUCCUACAUGCUUCGUGUUAGAGACUCUGGCUGUAGCGCUUACUCUAGUUUCGUUAACCUCAACCCGGCACUCCCAGUGAACCGCUGGCCCGAACCGGGUUUGGAGAUUCAGUGGCUUUCGCCCAAAGAAACCGUGUGUGGGUCCCAGCAGGAUUGCGACUCCGCCACGUCGACUUGCGGGCCUGAUGCUUCUUCUGCGCUCGGGAUCAGGAGGUGCUUUUGUAACGAUGGGCUCGUCUGGGACCCUAUCCAAGGGGUGUGCGCUAAAAAAAUUACUUGCCAGAACCCUGGUGGUUGUGACGACUCAACAAGCAGAACGGCCAUAAUAGCAGGUUCAGUAUGUGGGGUUGGAGCUGCACUCAUUCUUGCCGUCAUUGCCUUUCUACUCUACAAACGCCACAGGCGCAUCAAAGAAGCACAAGCACGCCUAGCCAAAGAGCGUGAAGGGAUUCUAAAUGCCAGUAAUGGUGGCAGAGCCGCUAAACUUUUCAGUGGCAAAGAGUUAAAGAAAGCCACAAACGACUUCUCCAGUGACCGGCUUCUAGGUGUUGGAGGCUAUGGUGAAGUCUACAAGGGCAUUCUUCAAGAUGGCACUGUUGUGGCUGUCAAGUGUGCCAAGCUUGGCAACCCCAAAGGCACUGAUCAAGUCCUCAAUGAGGUUCGCAUAUUAUGCCAAGUUAACCACCGCAACCUUGUUGGUUUACUUGGUUGCUGCGUGGAACUGGAGCAGCCUAUUAUGGUUUAUGAGUUCAUAGAAAAUGGGACACUUCUUGAUCACUUGCAAGGUCAAAUGCCUAAGAGCCGUGGCUUGCUUACAUGGACUCAUCGCCUUCAAAUUGCACGUCACACCGCUGAGGGUCUCGCUUACCUUCACUUCAUGGCUGUGCCUCCUAUCUACCAUAGAGAUGUCAAGUCCAGCAACAUUCUGCUAGAUAUCAAGAUGAAUGCCAAAGUUUCAGAUUUUGGAUUGUCUAGGUUGGCUCAGACAGAUAUGAGUCAUAUCUCUACUUGUGCUCAGGGGACCCUUGGUUACCUUGAUCCUGAGUAUUAUAGGAACUACCAAUUGACUGAUAAGAGUGAUGUUUACAGUUUUGGGGUGGUGCUACUUGAGCUUUUGACAGCUCAGAAGGCAAUAGAUUUUAACAGGGCUGCUGAUGAUGUGAACUUGGCGAUUUACGUGCAUCAGAUGGUGGCCGAGGAAAAGUUGAUGGAUGUCAUUGAUCCAGUGUUGAAGAAUGGAGCUACCACUAUAGAGCUAGAGACGAUGAAGGCAGUGGCGUUUUUGGCAUUGGGUUGCUUGGAGGAAAAGAGACAGAAUCGACCUUCAAUGAAAGAGGUGGCAGAAGAGAUUGAGUAUAUCAUUAGUAUUGCCUCGGCAAAGGUAGUGGAGAACUAGUUUCUUUUGAUGUUAAUGAUGUUGUUGAGUUGUCUGAUGUUUUUUUUUUUUUGGAUUUUGUAACUUAUGCUUUGUGUUUGUUGUUGCUAGACUAAAUUUUUAGUUCUAGACUCUAGCCUCUUGUUUUGCACAUGUAUUAUGUAUAUGUAUUACCUUUGGUGAAUGAAAAGAAGUUCUGCAGUAAAAAACAA